UGCUUGUAUAAUGUCUAUUAUAAAGAAGAGAACUUACAGUAGAAAGGGAUGUAUGGAAUGCAAGUCUAGGAAAAUAAAAUGUGAUGAACAGAAGCCAGUGUGUCAGAAUUGCAGUAAAGUUCAAAAAAACUGCUCCUAUACUUAUCAAACCAAGCUUCCACAACCUCGUAAAAAAGUUCAAGUUCAUUCCCAAUUUAUCAUGUUGAAUCAUGAAGAUUAUACCGAUAAGUCUAAAGGUCAAUUGAAAAAAUUGGAGGAACAAAAACUUAUCAAAGAAGUCAAGUCAUCUACUAAAAGUUUGAAUUCCAAGCUUGAAUCUCCAAAUUUAGUUCAUCUGUCCAGCUCUUCGUCUCCAAAGACUGUUAAAUUGGAAUCUGAUUCAGGUAAUCAGAUCUCAAUCACUUCUUCAAAUACUUCCUCCAUUUCUAAUAAUGAUAGUUUUAGAAGCGAUACCACUCAUUCCCAAUUACCUCCUCAACAACCACCGUUACUUCCCCAUUUGGCUCCCCAGGGUCCAAAUCAAUUACAUCCUCAACUAACCCAUCAGUUACCUCCACAAAUACCUCAUCAAUUACCUCCUCAGUUACCUCCCCAAUUACCUCCUCAGUUACCUCCCCAAUUACCUCCUCAGUUGCCUCCUCAGUUACCGCAUCAAUUACCUCCCCAGUUACCUCCUCAAAUAUCCAAUCUCCACUCGAGAUCUACGUCGAGCUCUCUUCCGCAUAACCAAUCUUUUACUUCUAUAAAUCAGCAGUAUCAAUACCCAUUAAGUCACGGCCAUUCUCGUAGCCAAAGCCAAAGUCACCAAAGUCAAACCCAAAAAAGUCAAAACCAAAACCAAAAUGAAACUCAAAGCCGAAGUCCAACCAGUCAGCCCAAAUCAAAUUCUCAUCCCAAUAAUAUUCAACCUCCAAGCUUACCAGUAACCACUCAUUCAUCAUCGGUAUCAUUGAAUAAAUUACCCCCAUUGAUUCAUUCGGAAAAUGAUCCAUUGAAGAAAAAUCAAAGCUCGACUGAACUUUUCCACGCUUCCAAUGUUCCAACUUUACCACCUCCUCAACAACACUAUAUCCCAAUACGACACUCAAACAUACCAGGUAGUCUAUCAACUGCACAUCUGCCUAAUCCAAAUCAAUUUAAUUUUUCUGGAUUAACACCCACCACUUAUUUAACUCCUUCCACCAAUAAUGUUCCGUAUUCUCCUCCUCCGAAUCAAAAUUUACAACCUACAAACCCUAAUAUGAUUCCUAACGAUGUAUUGAUUAACGACGCUUCAGAAUUAGCUCAAGGAUUAAAUGUUUUGAUGACUAUGGAUGUACAAGAUUUAUUUACUGAUUCAAAGGAUUCCAUCGAGGUGAAUUUUGAAGAAUUAUUCAAUAACGAUAAACCUCAACCCGACGUGUUUGAAAAUGAUUCAAUGAUUCAUGAUUUAAUUUCGGCAUUCGAUGUAGUUGACGGCUCCAAAAAUUAUUUAAAAUUAUUUAGAGAAAAGUAUUCUUUAUGGUUGAUGUCAUUAUCACCUAGUGGUGAUAAACAUUUUUUAACAAAAAUUUUAUUAACUCAUGCCCUUAAAACUCCAUUUUUAUUGCAUGCCAUUAUUUCAAUUACUGCAAAUUAUGAAUGGUUCUUCACAAAAGAUCCAAAAGAUGGACAUGCAAGAAAACAUUUCUCCACUCUUUGUCAAAAAAAUUUGACUUCCAUCUUCGAAAGUCAUGAUAAGACUUUAGAUAAUAUUGAACCUUUGAUUUUAUCCUCAUUAUUGUUGGUAACUGAUACCGUUGGAACGUCAAACGGUAUCUGGAGAUCUCAUCUAAAAGGUGCCAAUGAUUUGUUUCAAAAAUAUGUUGGAAUUUAUAAACCAAUGAAUCCAACAAUCAUCUUAGCAACCACUUGGUUUGCAUCUUUUGAAUUUAUAGCUGUUUUAACUAACCCCUUAGGUGGCGCUAUUCAAUCACAAAAUGAAUUGGAUGAUAUUUUAAAACCAGUUUUAUAUGAAGGUCAUAAACCAUUAGCUAUGCAAUCAGGUUUCAUAUUACCCGAUGGAUAUAAUGUCUUUUUAGGAUUUUCAUCUCAAGCUACAACUUUGUACAUUCAAUUUGUUAAAGUAUCCUUAAAAGUACAAAAAUCAAGAGAUCAAGUAGUUGAUCCACUCGAUUUAUCAUUUUUGAUUCAUUUAUUUCAUGAAGCUCACAAGUUUAAAUUGAUCUCUCAUGAUAUUAUAGUAACUAAAGAGAACCCUUUUUAUCCAAGAGGAUCAGGGAUUUUAACGAUUCCUCCAGAGGCUUAUGGUUAUCAUAGAGAUAUUGUAUUUUCAUGGUAUGAUCUAUCUGAUAAAAUUCACAUACAAGCAUUGUAUUUGGUCUUAUUAACCAAUGCUAAUUUCUUGAAUUUACCAACUGAAUCUCCAUUAGUUCAAAAAACUGUUGAAAAAAUCUUGAGUUAUUGUUAUUUUUUUUAUAAUAUUGAUUUCCAAGAUCCUAAUUUUGAUUUUGAUCAUGUAUUAUCGUUACCAGAAAACGCAAUAUUACAAGAUCGUCGUUUAAUGAUGUGUCAUUCUUCUAUCUUAAUCUGUGGACUAAAUUGUUUAGAACACAUAUCACAAAUGAAAAUUGAAUUGUUUUUCAGAUCAUUGCAAAAAUUAGGAAUUAGAUCAGUUGAAAAAUCAUUAACUAAACUUAGAAGCAUAUGGAGGGGAGAAUCAACUACUUCAGAUUAUGUCCCUUAUUUAUAG